AUGUCUGUCUACGUCAUCACUGGUACAUCAAGGGGCAUCGGGUUCGAGUUCCUGAAGCAGUUCUCGGAGGACCCCAAGAACCUGGUCAUCGGCCUGGUCCGCGAUAAGUCUGGCGCCGAGAAGAAGGUCAAGCAGCAGCUGGGCGACCGUGCCAAUGUCCACAUCCUCCAUGGAGACCUUACCGAUUACGCCAGCCUGAAGCAAGCUGCUGCCGACACGGCCGAUAUUGUCGGCGAGCGUGGCGUCGACUACCUGCUGGCCAGUGCCGCGUUCACGACGCUCUUUGACCAGGCCGAACAAGUCGAGGAAAUUGAUCGAGUUUCAGCCGAGCUCUACCAGAUCAACGCCACCGGCAACAUUCACCUCUUCAAGCUCUUCCUCCCUCUUGUGAUGAAGAGCAAAACCAAGAAGGUGAUCGCCAUUACUAGUGGCCAUGCAGAUCUUGAUUUGAUCAACGACCUCGACAUCGAUGUUGCCGCUCUGUACUCUGCCUCCAAGGCCGCCUUGAACGUCAUUGUGGCCAAGUUCAGUGCGCAGUACAAGAAGGACGGCGUGCUCUUCAUGAGCCUCAGUCCAGGAGUAGUGGACGUGGGUCAUUACGAAAAUGUUCCACCAGAGAAGCUGCAAUCGGCGGCGGGAUUCAUGGAGAAGAUGACCAAGUAUGCGCCUCACUUCAAGGGCCCUGUGACUCCCAGCGAGGCUGUCACAGUCAUCAGGUCGACCUUGGAGAAGAAGCGCAACAGCAGCCGGAGUAUUCGCUCCAUCACAGCCAUGGGGAAAGGCCAGAUGACAAAAGCAGAGGCCGAUUGUGCCACAUGUAGACGCCGUGCCAUCCGUUGCGAUCGUGCGAGGCCAAACUGCUCGAACUGCACCCACGCCAAGCGCAAGUGCCAGUGGUACGGUCUCAGGCUGUCCUGGCCUCGCGACAACGACCGCCGGCGAGCCAUCGUUUCCAAGCCGCCUCGGCCAGCUCACUCGGCCCCUACCAGCGCGGACCAGAUCUCCGAGGCACGGUUUGUCCACACGUCGCACUGGGAUAUCGAAUUAUACAACAACCUGGCGGCCUCCUCUGACGCACGCACCUUGCCGCUGCUGGAUGUGCCAAUCAUCUGGGACCCGUCCGAUCUGGAUAUCUCGGACCGAGAUCUACUGGACUACUUCUGCCGCACCGCGUCCUCGUCCCUCGCCACCCUCGGCCACGACGCCACCGCCCUGGGGCACACCAUAGUCCGCGUCGCCCUCGAGGCCGACACGCCCUCGGCCAGCGCCGUGCUCAAGGCGGCCCUGGCCUUCGCCUCGCUGCACCGCCACGGCUUCCAGUCGCAGGCCCUCGAGCUCAAGAUCGCGGCGCUGCGCAGCCUGGCCCGGUCGGCGGUGGCGCCGAGCCCGGGCCUGUGCCCGCGGGAGACGGUCCGCCACGUCGCGGCGGGGAUGCUGCUCUGCUCGUUCGAGGUGCACCAGUCGUCGUGCACGUCGGGCCAGUGGACCGGGUACCUCGCCGGGGUCAAGACGGUCGUCGACAGCGCGGCGUCGUCUGCCCGGGGGCUGCGCGAGGGCGACCCGGACUUGGCCGUCCUGCUGGACUGGGUGCGGUACCAUGACACGCUCGCUCGGUUUUCGCUGCUGUACUGGAGCAGGGGAGGGGCGCCUGAGCUGCCGUUGAAUCCGAGUGGGGGUCUUUUCUAUCCGCAGGUUUCCAAUCUGGGCUCGCCUAUUGUCUCUAUGCUAGAUAUGCUCUCCCAGGUAUGCGAGGUAAUAUCUAGUGUCAGCAUUCCGUCGAAAGCGAGCGACAGCGCAGAUGACUUCAAAGGGUUUCUGGAGGUGAUUGAAUGGAGGAUACGGAGUUUGUCGAUACCCAAGGCAGUGGCGGAUGACAGUGAUGCCUCGGACAAUGAGACGUUGGUGUUGCAGCUGUACCAGCUUGCGAUGCUGAUACACCUCCACCGACGAUCUGAAGGCUUGCUCGACAAUCCACUCAAGACGCAACAGUACAUCGACCAGGCCUUCGGUAUCAUACCCCGAUUGAAGUACUGCAAACAACAAUUCCCCGUUCACGUCAUUGGCUUCGAGGCGAGAACCGAUGAGCAUCGAGUGAUCAUCCUUGAUCUCAUUGCUCGAACGGAGAAGAUGAGUCUGUCGCGAUCCUUCAAUUACUGCAAGGUGAUACUACACGCUGUCUGGGCGCAGGACGACCUUGCGUAUAGGAGCAACGUCAGCUAUCAGGAGAAGUUGACAUCUUUCAACAAUGCUCCUUCCAACCUAAGCAUCGACUUAGAUACGCCGAAAGCAGUAGUGUCAGGCCUACGACCUCCUAGAGCCGCCAAAGCCCAGCGCAAUCCACCCGCCGAUGAAGCACAGCCCGCCCAGUGGCGUGACGGGGCCCAUCCACCGGAACCGCGCCGGGUCCAGCACGAGCGCGUACAGGCUGCCGCUGAACAUGGUCAUGCCGGCCGUGAACAGGCCCGCCGCGACGGGGUUGUCCUUGGCGACGACACAGGCGACCGCGUGGAUGAGCUAGACCGAUGA